AUGGCUUUCCUAAUGAAAAGUAUGUUGAGCAACCAGGUGAAAAAUUUGGGACUUGGCGGCGGGGGUGAAGAAACGAAGGACGAAGCUGCCCCCACUGACCCGGCCGCGGCAGCAGGAAUGACCCGCGAGGAAUAUGAGGAAUAUCAAAAGCAGGUGAUAGAGGAGAAGAUGGAAAGAGAUGCAGCCUUCGCCCAAAAGAAAGCAGGCAGGGCCGUCCUGAGAGUUCACUUGAGAGAGAAAUACAGGCUUCCAAAGAGUGAACUGGACGAGAAUCAGAUCCAGAUGGCUGGAGACGAUGUAGAUUUGCCAGAAGACCUGCAGAAAAUGGUGGCAGAAGAUCAAGAUGAAGAAGAAGACAAGGAUUCUAUUCUUGGACAGCUGCAGAACAUCCCGAACAUGGAUAUGGACGCUAUCAAAGAAAAGGCCCAGGCUACUUUCACUGACAUCAAGCAGGCAGCUGAACAAAAGUGUUCUGUCAUGUAA